GUAAAUAUAUGAAGGGACGUGAGUCGCCGCUUGCUUGGGAGCUUCUAACGGUUCUGGAUUGGAGACGCGCGCGGUGGGGAUUGCAAUAAGAGCGUCUAUAGGGAACGCACCGAUGAUACAACAUGGGUUCAAUGCUAAAUGAUGGCCGAGUGACACAUCUCCUCUUUCCUCUCCUCCUCCUCUUGCGGGUUCCCCUAUUGUUGAGCUUUGGCGAGCGUACAUGCCCCAACAGUUGUCGUUGCGAGGGGAAAACUGUUCAUUGCGACUCAUCUGGCUUCUUAGAUGUCCCGGAAAAUAUUUCCGUUGGGUGCCAGGGCCUCUCCCUGCGCUAUAAUGAACUGCACACCCUGUUACCAUAUCAGUUUGCUCACCUGGGUCAGCUUCUCUGGAUAUACUUGGACCACAAUCAGAUUUCAGCGGUCGACAGUCGAGCGUUCCAGGGAGUCCGCCGGCUGAAAGAGCUUAUAAUGAGUUCCAAUAAGAUCGUAUCUCUGCACAAUUCCACCUUUCACGGAAUUCCCAACCUCCGUAGUCUGGACUUGUCAUACAACAAGUUGGAAAUCCUGCAGCCGGGACAAUUCCAUGGGCUGCGGAAGCUUCAAAACCUACACUUACGCUCGAAUGGUCUCUCUAACAUCCCGAUUAGAGCGUUCCUCGAGUGCAGGAGUUUAGAGUUUCUGGAUUUGGGCUACAAUCGAAUCAAAGCUCUUACGCGCACUACAUUUUUAGGGCUACAGAAGCUGAUGGAGUUGCAUCUUGAGCACAACCAGUUCACACGGAUAAACUUUUUCCUGUUUCCCCGACUCGCCAACCUACGAUCACUUUAUUUGCAGUGGAACCGCAUUAAGGUCGUCAACCAGGGACUUCCAUGGACGUGGUAUACGCUGCAGAAACUCGAUUUAUCCGGAAACGAGAUCCAGGCCCUGGAUCCGGCCGUGUUCCACUGCUUGCCCAACCUUCAAGUUCUCAACCUGGAAUCCAACAAAUUGUCCAACGUGUCACAGGAGGCGGUGUCAGCCUGGAUCUCGCUGACUUCCAUCAGCCUCGCCGGGAACAUGUGGGAUUGUGCCACGGGCAUUUGUCCGCUCGUGGCUUGGUUGAGGAAUUUCCGCGGCACGAAAGACACCACGAUGAUAUGCAGCAGCCCCAAGUAUCUCCAAGGAGAGAAAAUAAUGGAUGCCACAAGAAACCAUGGUAUUUGUGAGGAAACUGAUUACGUUCUCACUGAGACACCCUCGCCGAUGUCAGAGCUUUUUUCGGAAGCCACCAACGAGCCCACAUUUGCCCCCACAAGCGGGUCUCCACUAAUGCCACCGACCUAUGGUCCACUCCCUCCCGUCGGGCCUCUACCAAUUCCCCAUCCUACACUCCCAGGGCACAUGAGCAAAGAUCCUAGAGACUCAGUAGCUCACAGUCAGCCCACUCACAUACUCCCUCCAGAGAUGGAGCACAUGACUCUACACAAAGUGGUGGUGGGAAGCGUGGCACUCUUCUUCAGCAUGUCUCUAAUUUUGACAAUUGUCUACGUGCUGUGGCGGCGCUACCCGGGCGCCACCAGAUUGCUACAGCAACGAUCCAUGGUGGGACGGAAGUGUCGCAAAAAGAGCCCAGAGCCAGAGCAGGACCUAAGCACCCAGCUCCAAGAGUAUUACAUGAGCUACAACCCGGCUGCCGCCCCUGAGGCGUUGGACGUGCUCGGCAACGGCACCGGCUCCUGCACUUGCACAAUUUCUAGCUCCAGGGAGUGUGAGAAUGAGUACACAUGUCCACGGCCCUUACCCGGCGCCUGGCUGGGAGAUCUGACUACCAUCCAUUAGGAAGAACCGCUUCGGACCGUGGAAAAAAAAGCAUCUUAACACAAAUGCGAGGAUAGCUACCCAAAGAACCUGUAAGGAUCAUAUUCAGAUUGUUCAGUGAAAAGAAACUCCCAAGAAAUAUCCCCGAGAAAAACUACGACUGAGAGGUAAUAAUACCUUUUUAAUAACUUCUAAAGGAAACUUUUCGCGAUGCCGACGGCGUGCUGUGGACGCAAGUACAGGAAUAUGACUCAUCUUGACUCUCGGGGAUUUCCGCGAGGACAAUUUGAUUGAUUUCAAAGAAAGAGACAUGCACUGUACAUAUUGUAAGAGGCUUUAAAAUGUGUUACUGGUGAAGAUGCACCCCCUUGACGGACCCCUGCGUAAUUUAAAAUAGAUUUUGUUUACACAGGAAGCAUCUUACAAGGUCGAUUUUUUUUUUGCUAUUUUCACAAGACCUGAUUGGUGUGUAUGUGCCUAACUGGAUCAGAAUCAGUGUGUUUUUGUUUUGUUUUGUUUGUUUGU